AUGUUGUCUCAAUUGAUUACAGGAAACAGAUGUUUCCUCUCAACAAGAACCCAGUUUAUUAGAAGCUUAACCAAACUUCCCGACAGUCAAAAAAUCAGGUCCCAAUUUGUAUUCCAAAGAAAAGGAAGCAUUAAGGCGAUCAAUGAGCUUUAUAAGGAGAAUGCUGAGAAUAUAGAAGUAUCUAUAAACGGUUGGAUUGACAAUAAACCGAAACAUAUUGGUAAAAAUAUUAGCUUCGGAGUUUUAAGGGAUCCCAAUGGAGACACAAUCCAAUUAGUGGAUUCCCAUUCUUUACUAAAAGGUAUCAGCAGAGAAACUGUCGUACAGGUAAAAGGGACUAUAUCUAGCAAGAAAAAUAGUAAUUUGUAUUCAAAUCGAUUGGAGUACGAAUUAAAACUGAACGAACUUUCUGUUUUGAAUCUAUCAAAUGAUAAACCUUCUCAAUUGCAAGAUUUUAAGGAAAGGGGGAAUUAUCCUCCACAGUAUAGAUACUUACAGUUAAGGAACCCUAAAUACAGUGACUUUUUAAAGAAAAGAUACGAAAUUUCUCGAAUAGUAAGAGAUAUUCUUAAUAAAGAGAACUUCUUGGAAAUAGAGACACCUAUUCUGUUCAAGCCAACUCCAGAAGGUGCUAGAGAAUUUUUGGUCCCAACAAGAGUAAAGAAAGCUAAAAAGGGAAUUCCGACGUUUUAUUCACUAACUCAAAGUCCUCAGCAAUAUAAGCAACUAUUAAUGGCAAGUGGCUUUUCGAACUAUUUUCAAGUGGCACGUUGCUUUAGAGAUGAAGAUUUACGUGCCGACAGACAACCUGAAUUUACUCAAAUUGAUCUGGAAAUGUCAUUCGCCUCUGGGAAUGAUGUAAUGCAGCUCCUCGAGCAACUUGUUCCAAAAACAUGGGAUGAAUUGAGUAUCACUGGUGAAUUAUUCACACUAGAUCACAGUGGGAAGAAACUCAUACCUGUUCACGAGAACAGAAAUGAAAUAUAUAGAUUGACUUAUCAACAGGCCAUGUCACUAUAUGGGAUAGAUAAACCUGAUUUAAGGGCGCCUGACUUGAAAAUUGUAGACCUUUCUGAAUUUAGAGCAACCGCCAAUAGAAAUAAGAAAUUCCCUACCUUUGAAGUAAUAGUAUUGAGAAAUGCUUUCGAUUCAAUUGAAAAUUACAAGGAGAAUUGGCAUUUCCUUGACAACGCACAAAACUAUACAUACAGAACACCAUUGGUAGUACCAAUAACCAAUGAUGAAGCAAAGACUACAUGGUUCGAGAAAUUUCAAUCCAUAGCAGCUUUUGAAAACCCAAAAAUGAUUUCAAAAUUUUUAAACUUGAAACAAGGUGAUAUAAUCUGUGGGAGUACAAGAGAACCUAAUGGCUCCAUUUUUGAAAAUCCAACUCCACUAGGAACAUUACGUAAACUAGUUUUGCAAUCGGAAAUUGGUAAAAGACUAUACCGCGAGACAGAUCAUGAUGUAGCGUCAUGGGUGAUUGAUUUCCCACUAUUUUCACCGUUAACUAAUGAACCUGCACCAAAUGAUGACUUCCCAAUUUACCAACAUGAUAGGUUGAUGUCAACCCAUCAUCCCUUUACAAUGGUUAAUUUAUCCGAUUAUAACAAGUUGAAUAAGAAUCCUACCAAAUGUAGAGGUCAACAUUAUGAUCUUGUGAUCAACGGUAUCGAAUUAGGUGGAGGAUCUACCAGAGUACAUGACCCGGAACUCCAAAACUUUAUAUUCGAAAGUAUUUUGAAGAUUGAGAACUCAGAAGAACUUUUUGGUCAUCUGUUAAACGCCUUUGCAAUGGGGACACCACCUCAUGCAGGGUUUGCCAUUGGGUUUGAUAGGAUGUGUGCAAUGCUAUGUGGGACUGAAAGUAUCCGUGAUGUGCUCGCAUUCCCCAAAAGUAUAACAGGUACUGACCUUGUAGUAAAAAGCCCCAGUCUCGUUGAUGAAGACGUGCUCAAACUUUACAACAUUGAAUAUAAAAAGAAUUAG